GAAGAAAAACAAGAUACAUAACCUGUAAAAGUCAUUACUAGUGGUUGUAACGCAUUAUAAACAAUUUAAAAUAAUUAUUAUAAGUUAGCAGUGUUAUCCGUGUUUUUCCUUAAUGUAAUUUUUAAAUUAUUUACCAGGAUUCCUGUAAUUUAUCUUCAGCUGUGAAUAUGUCCCGAGAUUCAAGUUGUUCAGAUAAAGAAAAAUCGGUGAAAAGUAGAAAGAGUGGUAAUUCUCCAGAAAGAAAACGAAAAAAGUAUAAAGAUGAUAAAGAAUCAUCUUCCUCUAAAAAAGGUAGACGUGACAGGUCUCCAGAUCGUAAAAAACGUUCAAAACGUGAGCGCAGCUAUUCCAGAUCAUUAUCUAAAGAAAGAACCAGCAGUUGGGGUAGAAGAGAAAAAAGGAAGUAUGUAGAUUUAGACAAACCAGCUGAAGAAAUUGAAUAUCCUCGGUAUUAUGGAAACGAUGAUAAUAGUUUUAAAGAGAACAAUGAUCAAUAUUGGAACAAAUACCCAAAAAAAGAUGAUGCUAUUGUUGGCUCCAGAUAUUAUGAUGGAGGACAAGAUAAGGAAGAAAAUAAAAGCAGAACAGAAGCUCAUGCCAGAAAAGAAGUUGAUAAGCAGGAAAUAACUGCGAGACAAAGAAAAACUGUAGAUUUGCUAACAUCUAAAACUGGUGGUGCUUAUAUUCCACCAGCUAAACUUCGUAUGAUGCAAGCAGAAAUAACAGAUAAGUCUUCUGCUGCUUAUCAAAGAAUAGCUUGGGAAGCUCUUAAGAAAUCUAUUCAUGGUUAUAUAAAUAAAGUGAAUACAUCAAAUAUAGGAAUAAUUGCACGGGAACUACUUCAUGAAAAUAUUGUCAGAGGACGUGGGUUACUAAGUAAAUCUCUUAUACAGGCACAAGCUGCUUCUCCUACUUUUACUCAUGUGUACGCUGCUCUAGUGGCUGUUAUAAAUUCUAAAUUUCCAAAUAUUGGAGAAUUACUCCUAAAAAGGUUGGUGCUGCAAUUUAAAAGGGGGUUCAAGCAAAAUAAUAAAAAUACUUGCAUAACAGCAUCUUCUUUUAUUGCUCAUUUGGUAAAUCAACGAGUGGCACAUGAAAUUUUAGCACUGGAAAUAUUAACGCUCCUUGUAGAAUCACCAACAGAUGAUUCAGUUGAAGUUGCCAUUUCAUUUUUAAAAGAAUGUGGGCAGAAAUUAACAGAAGUAUCUAGUAAAGGUAUAAAUGCCAUUUUUGAAAUGUUAAGAAAUAUUCUUCAUGAAGGAAAAUUAGAAAAGCGUAUUCAGUAUAUGAUUGAGGUGAUGUUUCAAAUACGUAAGGAUGGAUUUAAAGAUCAUGCUGCUAUAAUCGAAGAAUUAGAUUUGGUAGAAGAAGAAGAUCAAUUUACUCACUUAAUAACUCUUGAUGAUGUGGAAACUAAAAAUGGGGAAGAUGUUUUGAAUGUCUUUAAAUUUGAUGAAAAAUAUGAAGAAAAUGAAGGAAAAUAUAAGACUCUAAGUAAAGAAAUACUUGAUACCGAUUCAAGUGGUAGUGAAUCUGGAUCUGAAGGAUCUGAUGAAGAUGAGGACGAAGAAGAGGAAGAAGUCAAAGAUCAAGGCCUAAUAAUUGAUAACACUGAAACAAAUUUGGUAACACUUAGAAGAACAAUUUAUCUUACAAUUCAGUCAAGUUUGGACUUUGAGGAAUGUGCUCACAAGCUGAUGAAAAUGGAGUUAAAACCUGGACAAGAGAUUGAAUUGUGUCAUAUGUUUUUAGAUUGUUGUGCUGAACAAAGAACCUACGAAAAAUUUUAUGGUUUGUUGGCUCAACGAUUUUGCCAGAUAAACAAAAUAUAUGUGACUCCAUUUGAACAGAUAUUUAGAGACACCUAUGCAACAACACACAGAUUAGAUACUAACAGACUCAGAAACGUUAGCAAGUUUUUUGCUCAUCUGCUUUUCACAGACGCAAUUGGUUGGGAAGUUUUAGAAGCAAUAAAACUUAAUGAAGAAGACACAACAAGUUCUAGUAGGAUUUUUAUUAAAAUAUUAUUCCAGGAACUUGCAGAGUACAUGGGCCUUGGGAAGUUGAAUGCUAGACUGAAAGAUGAGACACUUCAGGAACAUUUUGCAGGUCUUUUCCCGAGGGAUAAUCCCAAAAACACAAGAUUUGCCAUUAAUUUUUUCACAUCGAUCGGUUUAGGUGGACUGACAGAUGGUUUAAGGGAGCACUUAAAGGCAAUGCCAAAGAAUCCAACGAUGAAUUUAGUUCAACAGUCCAGUUCAUCCGAUUCAGACGAAUCCAGUAAUUCAAGUAGUGCAAGUUCUAGUUCUGAUUCCUCCGAUUCUUCAACGGAAUCUUCUUCAGAUGGUGAAAGUGAAAAGAAAAAGAAACAAAAAGAAAAAAAUCGAGUUAAAGGCGAGAAAAAGAAAAAUACUGAGAGAAAUACCUCUGAAACUAAGAAAAAACAGAGAGAUAGUUCUGACGAGAACAGAAAAAAAUCUUCAAAAAAGGAUCCACGGAAAGAUGCAGCACAAGACAAACACCAGAAAGACAAAGACAGACACGAGGUUAAUGUGGAAAGGCUGCGAAAAGAAAGAGAAAUGUACGAAAAUACGAGAACUAAAAGAUCAAAAUCGCGAGACAGACAAAAACUCAAAGAAAGUUCCAGGAAUCGUGAUUAUAAACGAGAAGACAGAAUGAGUUCGAGAGAUAAUAGGAAUAGGAGGAGAUGAAUAUAAUUUUAACAUAAAAAUUACAUAUAUAUAUUUAUCAGGCUUGUAGUAUCUAAAGCAUUUGUAAAUAUAUGACAUUUUUUUCUAGAAUA